GUUUGGACAACAGGACAGACCUUUUCCGAGCUGGUGCCUGGGCCAGUUCUCCAUCCUCCUCGACGUUCGCCAUCGAAUUCAAAAACAAAGAGGAAUAAAUGCACGGAGAAGUUCACUGCGCCUUACAUCAAGAAGCCCCCUCAUGCAUUCAUGAUCUUCAUGGAGGUUUUGUGAAGGCCGCUGCGCCAUGGCAAGACAGCGCUGCUGUCAAUAAGGUCCUCGGGCAACUGUGGAAGUCGCUGACGCCGGCUGAGCAGCUCAGUUACUUCCAAGAAUCUGAGCGCCUCAGCCGGAUCCACGCCACCAGGUACCCGGACUGGACCUACAGAGACAACUACGACAAAAGAGAAAGUGAUUUCCAGCGUAAAUCAUCUGACCGGUCAGUACAGUAUAUCUCAGUAUUUUUAGUUCAUAUAAAUCUGUCCAAAGCCUACUACGUGGCUCUGAAAUUCUGCCUGUACAAAAAUAAUGUAUAGGUGCAUCUCAGUGAAUUAGCAUUUAAUUUCAGUCGUUCCAUUGAAAGAGUGAAAUUCCAUUUUUUUUUUUUUAUAUAUUGGAUUAUAUCAAAGCAGGUGGAAAGCUAAAGUUUACCACCAAGAAAUUAGAACAUAAACACUUGAAAUGAUUUUUAAGAGAGAAAUUAGGUCAGAAUUGGCCUU